AUGUCCCUAAUCAUGGGCAUAGGAAUGUGGUGGUUACCACCAUCACCUCGUUGGCUGCUUUUGUGCGCCAUACAGGGUAAAGGAAGCCUGCCACAUGUGAAAGAAGUUGCCAUUACCUGUCUGUGUCGUUUGAGAGUGUAGCUUUUAGUAGUUCAGCUUCAGAACAAGUUGACUUGAUUUUGGAUGAGCUGUCAUAUGUGGAUCAGGAAAAACAAGCUGAGGCAACGUCGCGAAGCUGGGCGGAUUGGAUGUCAAGAUCGUCACGGUGCCGGAGGAGCCCAAGUUAGACGCCCACAAGUUCGUCCUCUUCAACAAUCUCAUUUCGAGUGAUCCCAAUGACGCCCCGAGGCCUAUCAUCCGUCAGACCAACACCGCCGCGAUACUCUUCUCCUCCGGCACCACUGGGGCCAGCAAAGGGGUUGUUCUUAUGCACAGGAACCUUAUUGCUACGGUGGAGCUUUUUGUUCGACUCGAAGCUUCACUGUAUAGUAGUGAGAGCUGGAGGAAUGUUUACCUCACAGCCAUCCCCAUGUUCCAUGUGUAUGGUCUUUCCCUCUUCUCCAUGGGGCUCCUGUCGUUGGGAUCCACCAUUGUGGUGAUGAGAAAGUUCGAUGUGGAGGAGGCAGUUCGAGCUAUCGAUGCGUUUAAGGUCACUCAUUUUCCUACUGUCCCACCGAUAAUGACCGCCCUGAUAAGGGCCAAGGGUGCCACGGGCUGCCGAUUACAGUCCCUCGUGCAGGUUUCAUGUGGAGCGGCUCCGAUUGCCCCAAAAACUAUUCAUGACUUCUUGAAGGCAUUUCCUCAUGUUGAUUUCAUUCAGGGGUAUGGCUCGACAGAAUCUGCUGCAGUAGGAACUCGUGGUUUCAAUACAACAAAUUGUAAAAGGCAUAUUUCUGUGGGAUUGCUAGCUCCAAACAUGCAAGCUAAAAUUAUUGAUUUAGAGACAGGGUCUUGUUUGCCUCCUGGUACAAGUGGAGAGCUGUUGCUUCAUGGAUCAGCCAUUAUGAAAGGCUACUUAAAUGAUGAUAAUGCAACUUCAUCAGCAAUCAUCGAGGAUGGUUGGUUAAAAACAAGGGAUAUUGCAUACUUUGAUGGAGAUGGAUACUUGUAUAUAUUGGACCGUCUGAAAGAGACCAUCAAAUACAAAGGAUUUCAGAUAGCACCAGCUGAUUUGGAAGCCUUGUUGAUUGCACAUCCUGACAUCGUGGAUGUUGCAGUGACAGCGGCUAAGAACGAAGAAGCUGGGGAGAUACCAGUGGCAUUUGUAGUUACGAGGUCAGGAAGCAAGCGUUCAUCCACUGAUGUUAUCGAGUUUGUGGCAAAGCAGGUGACUCCCUUUAAGAAGGUUAGAGAGGUGGUCUUCGUCAACUCGAUUCCCCGAUCACCAGCAGGGAAGACAUUAAGAAGGAAACUGCGAGACACUUUAGCUGCUUCAAGGAUGUAAUUCGACUGCAGGACAGAAAAGUUAACUUUAUUGGUUCAUAUCGUUUAAUAUCCACAGUUUCCUUUCUCAAAUUUAUGCAUCUUUAUCAAAAUUAUUUUUGCAGAGAAUAAAUAAUAUAAUUCUACAUGAUUUCCAAG